AAGACGGUUCUGUUGCGAGCGGGGUGGGGUUGGCGGAGGAAAGAUGGCCUUGUUGCGGUGGCUUUUGGUGUGCAGCACAAUCUUGCUCAGCUGUAUCUGCAAGCGGGCGCUGCUGGAGCAGCGGAUCCCCGGUGGACGGAUGAAUGCUUCCAUGGAGAAUCCUGACGUGCGUAAGGCCCUUCAAUUCGCCAUGAACAAAUACAACAGAGCCAGCAAUGACAUGUACGGUAGUCGCGUGUCCGAGGUCGUCAGAGUCCAAACACAAGUUGUCGAAGGAUUGAAGUAUUACUUCACUGUUAAGGUUGGGCGAACAGUUUGUCGUAAAGGAGUAGCUGUUCUUGAAACCUGUGCAUUUCAUGAAGGACCUAAUCCGGCAAAGACUGUGACUUGCAGUUUUGAGGUUCACUCUGUUCCUUGGAGGAGCCAUAUUUCCCUGUUACAAAGUGUCUGCACCUAAAAACACCUUUGGUUUCCUGCAAGACAGCUUUCUGCUAUUCUGAUGCGAUUUCUCUAGUCAAGACAAGUGACGAUCCAGACACAUUCUCAUGUGAGAAUUGUUGCUGCUAAUUCAGCAAUGCUUAUGUCUACAUUCCUGUAGUCUUCCUUCUAGAAUACUUUAUAAACUUGUCAUCUUAUUUUGCAAGCAUGGGGUGUGUCAUAGUUAAUUAGCAGAGAAAAUCACAUUAAAGUUUUUCUUGUCAAAUGUU